AUGGCCAUGAAGCCCCACUACAGGGCUGUCGAUCUUGCCCCGAGCAACACCGAUGAAAUCCUCCUGCAGCGCCACUUCAGUUCCGGUGCAGGAGCUGUCGGUUCAACGCAGGCAGAUUCUGACGCAACCACCAGCCGCACUCUCGCCGUCGAUGCAACUGAGGAUCCUGAGGUGGCGGCUAAGCUGGAGCAGAAGCGUCUCGAGCACGAACGACAGCGCAACCUCAAGCGUGAGCUCUUUGAGAAGCAGAUGCAGCAAUUAGAGAUGCAGCAGUUGAAGGAAGAGCAAGACAUGCUUGCCAGCAAGAACAAGACAGGGCCCAUCGGCUCCAACUCGUCGGCGGACUUGUCCAAGGGAUCUGUCAGCUCUCAGUCGGUUUCAAGACGUAGCUCAGAUGGCGAAUCGGACCUCUGGGGAGGCAUGGCAAAACUGUCCAUUGGCGCUGAGAAGCGCUCUGGAGAAGUGUCCACGAUCGGAAGACCAGGAACUGCCAAGGAGGAGAACAAGACUGCUUCAGAGUCAGCUUUCGAUGUGAACCCCCACAUGUCCCAGUUCUCUGAGCGAUUCAUUUUUGACGAUGACAGCACCAGUGGAUCCAGCGCUCGUUUAUCGUCCCUCCAGCGCAAUAUCUGGGACGAUCAGCAGGGCCUCGGGAACGUCCCUUCUGCACUAGGAAGCUCGUCGUACUUGCCUCGCUAUCUCCAAAUGGGUGGUGAUGAUGAUGACGCCUUCCCUACGAUGCGUCCUGCCUCUUCGACUGCAUUGGACUUGGGCCAAAUUUCGCACAAGACGAACGGUUUGAACGGAGCUCCUGAAUGGCCCCAGUUCAAUAAUGCGCUCUCCUCGAACGGCGACCGCGUUUCCUCAGUCUCGCAGCAUAGCAGUGGUCUUAUCGGAUUUGGUGGAAUUGGAGGUUCCAAGGAUUCUAUCAGCUCAGGCAUGCCCAAGCUCACAACCUCCUACUCGACCUCCGAUGUCAAUACUCGAUUCAGCAAGACAUCCUCGCUCGCCUCCUUCGACGGUCUGUCUGACACCGAUCACCACCUGUUGAUCAAGUCUGACCUUGGCUCGAGUGAUAUCUGCCUUCAAUUCCAGCAGGGAACCUGCCCUCGUGGAGACAUGUGCCCGUACAUUCACUCGCCUCCUGUUUCGUCGACCGCGCGUUCGUCUGUUUCGAUGCCGCUUAGCCCUGGCCUUACGAUGUCCAUGAGUGGACAGGCGAAUGGAGCCGGCUCUGCCUCGUUCUAUGCGCGUAUGAGUGGAGUCAGCGGCGGCGAAUCCUUGAAAGGACUCGCGAACGGCGGCGGUUUCCCUUUCAAUUCGGUUUCAAACGGGAACGCUUUUGAUCUUGCCACGCCUGGAGGCAACAAUGUGUUCAGGAUGCAGCAGCAGCAACAACAACAACAACAACAACAACAACAACAGCAACAGCAGCAGCAACAGCAACAACAGCAGCAACAGCAGCAACAGCAGCAGGCCAAUGCCGCCAACGUUUCCAGGAGCAUGCAGAAGAGACAGGCGGCUGACCAGGAAGCCAACCGAUUCGCUGGAGCCAUGCUCGAGAGCUUUGUUGGUCAAAUUUACUCGUUGUGCAAGGACCAACAUGGAUGCCGCUAUCUUCAGAAGAAGCUGGAGGAGCAGAACGAGGCUUAUUUGGCAAUCAUCUUUGGUGAGGUCUUCGGCCACUUUGUUGAGCUCAUGACUGACCCAUUCGGCAACUAUCUUUGCCAGAAGCUCCUCGAGUUCUGUGGCGAUGAGCAGCGUACGAUCAUUGUGGAGACUGUAGCGCCGGAGCUGGUCAACAUUUCCUUGAACAUGCACGGCACCAGAGCUGUUCAAAAGAUGAUCGAGUUCCUGUCGACUCCCCAGCAGAUUGCGAUUGUGGUCGUCGCUUUGAACCCCAGUGUCGUGACUCUGAUCAAAGACUUGAACGGAAACCACGUCAUCCAAAAGUGCUUGAACCGCCUGGCUUCGGAGGACAACCAGUUCAUCUACAACGCUAUCAGCGCUCACUGUAACGAGGUCGCGACCCAUCGUCAUGGAUGCUGCGUGUUGCAGCGAUGCAUCGACCACGCGUCGGUCUCCCAGAAGAUUCAGCUCGUCCGCGAAAUCACCUAUAACGCCCUUGCUCUUGUUCAGGAUCCCUUUGGCAACUAUGUUGUCCAGUAUGUCUUGGAUCUUGCCGACAACCGUUUCACUGAUGCUCUCAUCCGCCGCUUCAUCGGAAACGUCUGUGCCCUUGCUGUCCAAAAGUUUAGUUCCAAUGUCAUGGAGAAGUGCAUUCGUGUGGCUGAACCUGACACUCGCAAGUUCCUCAUUGAGGAGAUGAUCAACAAGACGCGCUUGGACAAGCUUCUGCGGGAUUCUUAUGCCAACUAUGUUGUCCAGACGUCGUUGGACUUUGCUGACCCCAUCCAGCGUACUCAGUUGGUCGAGUGCAUUCGACCCUUGCUCCCAGCCAUCCGCAACACGCCCUAUGGCAAGCGCAUUCAGAGCAAGCUUCACCGCGACCAGAUGACAUCGGUCGGCCAACUCAACCACAUGAGCAUGAACGGCAUGGGAGGCAUGAACGCGAUGGUGGGCAUGAACGGCAUGAACGGUAUGGCCGGGAUGAACGGCAUGGGCACAAUGAACGGCAUGGGAGGCAUGAACAGUAUCAACGGGAUGCCCAGCAGCAUGACGAUGAGCAUGGCAAGUAUGGCCAACACUAUGAGCGGGAUGCCCAUGGGCCAUAUGCAGAACAUGAACAUGAUGAACGGCAUGCCUGGCGCUAUGAACGGUGGCGCCAUGAGCGGCAUGAUGGGCAACAACAUGAACAACACCAUGGGCAACAUGAUGAACGGCAAUAUGGCCGGCAACAUGGGAGGAAACAUGGGAGGAAACAUGGGUGGCAAUAUGAACGGCAACAUGAACGGUAUGGGAGGCAUGAACGGCAUGCACAACAACAUCAAUGGCAACAUGAUGGGCUACAACCUGCAGGGGAUGAACCACUUUGGCAACGCGAACAUGGUUGGUAUGAACGACUACAACCAGUACUACAUGUGA